AUGCAGGUAUCAUACACCUGCCGAAGUGCACUCCAUCUCUCUAGAUUUUCCAGCAAUAUCAAACAAAGCUUCGGCAGUCAUUGGCUAAAUCUCGGAAAAAAGUUUCAUACACAUCAUGCUCAGAAUUAUCCAUCUCUAUCCAUUUCUAACAAUUUCCCCAUUCAAUGCUUGAGCCUCAGACUUUCCGAUUAUUCAAAAAUCCAGAAUGAGAUUGCCCGGGACAAGAUAGCCAAAUAUUUGAGACCGGGUCUUCAAUACGGGGCCGGAGAACAGACAGAUAACAAACAGCGUCAAACACUCCUGCUUCUUGCUACCCCAACACACGCAGCUUGGUUGGAAACCCAUAAUGUUCAAAGCCUCUUAGAUAAAGUAACGCUACCUGUGUCUCACCCAAAUACUAGUGAAAUUGAUGUAAUCUGUGCAUGCGUUGACGGUCUUGCUCCAAGCAUCACAGAGCUCGGUUUAAAGAAAGAACAUACCAGAGAGGGAAUAUCAAUACUACUUGGUACGACUACAGUAGACUCUACAGAAUUGUUGUACGGAGCAUCAACAACAGCGGUUACCUCCGACCAAAAAUGUAGUCUAAAAUUUCACAUUAAGCAUGAUGAAAAUAUUAUACCUUACUGCGAAAUUACAACUCCCUUAGCAAAUACAAUUUUUACCAAUGGGAGGCGCUCCACCCUUUUGAUUUCACGAUGGCAAAGAAAAGAAGGGAACCUGGCGAUAGUCAAACCACCAUCGUACCGAUCAGAGGCCUCAAUUAAUCUAUCAAUUUCUCAAAGUAAAAAUUUUUUCGAUAUUCCCGUUUCCCCUCUAACAUUUCCUCGACAAAUUCAAAGCGGGUUAGGAAAUAUAGUACGAAGGCUUACAAUUGAGGGAGCGUCAGCCGUUCCAGCAUCACAAGAGCUGGAGAAAGCUGUGAUGGAAACUAAUAAAACUCCAACUAAAAACCGUGAUAACAAUGUAUGGGCUAUGAUUAUGCCACCCGGAAUGACUAGACAAAAAGAUAAAAUUAGAAACGAUCAUUCACACAUAAAAGAUCUUAUUAUGAGAGGAGCUAAAAUGUACAGGGUCUUAAGCGGUGGUGGUGGCUGGGGUAACAAAGAGGGUUUACUCGCCUUGGAUCCAGAAACAUCGUUCGAAGGGCAACAUGUAGCUGGAAUAAAUUUAUCUGAUGACGAUAUGAAAUAUCCAGAAAAAUAUACAGACGCCCUAGCAAAUAUAGCUCAAGAAGGAGCUUUAAUCCAGUUCUAUCAUAUGAUCAGUAGGCAACCAUCAGGCAUUACACAACAUAGAUGUACGACUGAAAAUCAAAUUGUUAUCGGCAGUGUUUCUAGCACUGUUGAUGACAUGGUUUCAGCCUCCGAUCCAGGUACUUCAUUUAUUGCUGGUCACUUUGGUUGUGUCUCUGAAUCUGGUAUAUUCUUUCAGUCGGCGGAAAAUUCAUCAACGAAAAUUGAUGUUCCACAUUCUUACUUCUACGGUAGAAGAAGUAAUACAACUACAUGA